AUGAUUACCUUGAAAAACUUCCGCUUCUCUAGGAGGACUAUCAUAUUCCUCAUUCCUGUCAAUUUGGUGUUCUUGUUCUUUGUAUUAUUAUAUUUGGAAAGCAUUCCAUCGCAACAUACCAAGGCGUUGACUUCGUACUUCAAGACCCCAAAUACCAGCCCUACGUUUUCAACUACUCCUCCCCCUCAUGCCGGUACCGACUCAGGGCCAGAGCUGAAGCCUGAACUGGAGCUUGAAGUGAAGCCUGAUAUAGAGCCUGAAGUGAAGCCCGAUGUGAAGCCCGAUGUGGAGCCUGAGAUUAAGCCUGAGGUUAAGCCUGAGGUUAAGCCUGAGGUGAAGGAUACAUUGGAGGAGUAUGGCUUCAGAAUUCAACCAAAUGACGUUCAGUUCAAAUACAUAAGCGAUGACCCAUCCAUCUCCAAAGAAGAUGCAUUCUUGAAAAACGAGAAGAUCUAUUUAGCUGAAAUGGCCAAGGAUGCCCUGGAACCAAAGGACUUUAACAUGCACACUAUUAGGCCACCACCGGUGGACAAGAUCGAUGACUAUGACAGAGUGAGUGCCACCAUUGUCUCGUUGGUAAGAAACCAGGAAAUCGACUCCAUUACAUACACCAUUAAGCAAUUUGAAACCAAGUUCAACUCCAAAUUCCAAUACCCUUACACAUUUUUGAACAAUGAUCAAUUUUCUGAAGAAUUUAAGGAAAGAAUGUUGUCCUUGACUAAUGCACAAUGUGAGUUUGUAGUGAUCCCUGCUGAACUUUGGGAUAAACCUGAUUGGAUCGAUAAAGAAAGGGAAACCACUGCGAUGAAGGCCCUUGCCGAUUUGAAUAUCCCAUACGCUAGAAUGGCCCUGUACCAUAAUAUGUGUAGGUUCUACCUGGGGAAGUUCUAUAAUGUUCCUGAAUUGCAGAAAUACAAGUAUUACUGGAGAAUUGAACCUGACGUUCAAUUUUUCACUGAUAUGAACUAUGAUCCCUUCAAGUACUUGCAGAAUACUGGUAAAAAGUACGGAUUUACUGUCAAUAUUUACGAUAUCGACGAGACUGUGGAAACUUUAUGGCCAGAAACUUUGGACUUUUUGAAUAAGGAUGACAAUUACAAGUACGUUAACCCAAAGGGAGCCUUCCAGUGGUUGACAUAUAAUGAACAAUUGCCCAAGAAGGCUAAGGUGGCUAACGGAUACUCGUGUUGUCACUUCUGGUCUAAUUUUGAGAUUGCUGAUUUGGAUUUCUAUAGAGGUGAAGCAUAUACCAAGUGGAUGGACCAUUUAGAGCAGACCGGGAAGUUCUACUAUGAAAGAUGGGGUGAUGCGCCUGUUCACUCUGUAGCAGUCGGAUUGUUCUUAGACUCUGAGAAAGAAGUCCACUGGUUUAAAGAUAUUGGAUAUGUGCACAAUCCAUAUUAUAACUGCCCCACAAGUCCAUUCGUGGAAGGAUGUGAAGCUGGUAAGUUUUGCAAUUUUGCGCAUGGCAAUGAUCAAAACUGUAUGGCCACAUGGAUCAACCAGGUUGGCGAUUCGUUGAAGAAGGUGUGGUAA